GUUGGGCAAAUGGCUAUAUUUAAGGGUACCGGUAUCUCGGGUGGUCUGCUGUUAGAGGGGCCAUUCCUUUGUAUCUAGGUUGGUGCCUUGCAUUCGAUUUUGUUGUCUUGACUUUUAUUUUUCGGUUUCUCUCUUUCCGGGAGUGUCGCUACACCAUCGCGACGACGGCAAAACCCAACCCUUCACAACCAGAACCAUAACACCAGGAAUCGGACAGCAAAACUGAAUCGAAGCACCGCAGAAAUGGUAUACCUAAAAUCCACUCCCGAAUACACCGACACCACAGCGCCCUUCACCCCCGGUCCUAAGAACAGGCACUACUCGGAUCCAGACCCAGUAUGGGCGGGCAUGGUCGACGCUGUCGAGACCGCGAUGGCACCGAUUUGGGCCCCCGAGGUGUCCAUCUCCGACUUCAAACAGGCCUGGCUCGCCUCACCUUUAUCGCUGCCCGCGAACUGCCCCGAGCCAGGCAAAGACGUGGUCAUCAGCCAGUCUAAAUUCCCCGCAAGGGACGGUACCGAGAUCGGGCUGCAGAUUUACAAGGCGCCGAAUGUGAAGCCGGACGCGACGCUCGUGUAUCGGAUACAUAGCGGCGGGUGGGUCGUGUGCGGGCACGAGGUUGAGGAGGGCGAGAACCGGAGCAUUGGAGCGCUGGGAAAUGUUGUUGUUGUCAGUGUGGAUUUCAGGAUGGCUCCCGAGUACAAGUUCCCGAUUCCGUUGGAGGACUGCUACGAUGGACUAAAAUGGUGCAAGGCAAACGCCGAUAAGCUGGGGAUCAACCCUGAGAAGAUCAUCCUGGUAGGAAACAGCGGUGGUGCCAAUCUUACUGCCGUCGUCGCCCUGCAAGCCCGCGACGAGGGCCUGACCGGAAUCAAGGCCGUCAACCUCGGUUUUCCGGCGACCUGCCACCCCAAGUUCUUUGAUCAGGUGCCCAACAAGGACAACUACGAGCUGCUGAGCUAUCGACAAAACGAAAAGGCCGGCUUGGUCAACACGCAACGCAUGGAGUUCUUCUGGGAUACGUAUCUCCGCGAGGAGGACCGCAAACCCGACUGGCGGCACUCGCCCCUGCUUUCGGACAAUCUUGGAGGACUGCCUCCGCUGAGGAUCACUGCGUCAGGCUGCGAUCCAUUACGAGAUGAGGGCAUCGCGUUUGCGGAAGCGACCAAAGCAGCCGGUAACGAUGUAUCGCUCACUGUAUACGGCGGCCUGCCGCAUUGUAUAUAUUUCUUUCCCCAGGCUUUCAAGCAAGUGGACGAGUACUAUAGCACGCUGCUCGACUUCAUCCGGAAGUAUACAGAUUAGACUAGCCCGCGUGGUCAUUCAGUGGAAACGCGCUGUUUAGUGAGAACCAUCAUUAUAUUUUACCUGUA